AGCCGCGCGGGUGUCGGCAACAGCUGCAGCAGCCCGCGCCGCCCCCUCGGCCGCGGCUCCCAGGGCGAGCCUGAGCACGGUUGGCGGCUGGCGGCGAGGCGGCGGGCGGAGACGGGAAAGUUGCCGGCGCCAGCGCCGACAUGCCGGGCAGCGACACGGCGCUCACCGUGGACCGGACCUACUCCGACCCGGGCCGGCACCACCGCUGCAAGACCCGGGUAGAACGUCAUGACAUGAAUACCUUAAGCCUGCCCCUGAACAUUCGCCGAGGGGGGUCAGACACCAACCUCAACUUUGAUGUACCAGAUGGCAUCCUGGACUUCCACAAGGUCAAACUCAGUGCAGACAGCCUGAAACAAAAAAUUCUGAAGGUGACAGAGCAGAUAAAAAUUGAGCAGACGUCACGCGAUGGGAACGUUGCGGAGUAUCUGAAACUGGUCAGCAGCGCGGACAAGCAGCAGGCUGGCCGCAUCAAACAGGUCUUCGAGAAGAAGAAUCAGAAAUCUGCUCACUCCAUCGCCCAGCUCCAGAAGAAGUUAGAACAGUAUCAUAGAAAGCUCAGGGAGAUCGAACAGAACGGAGCCUCCAGAAGCUCGAAGGACAUUUCCAAAGACAACCUCCACGCUCUGAGAGAUGCCUCCGCCAAGUCUCGAACUGCUCCCCACAGCACGGAGUGCAGUAAAUCAGGCAUGCCAGGCGUGUCCCUCACUCCGCCCGUGUUUGUCUUCAACAAGUCCAGAGAGUUCGCCAACCUGAUCCGGAAUAAGUUCGGCAGCGCCGACAACAUUGCGCAUUUGAAAAAUUCCUUAGAGGAGUUUCGGCCUGAGGGGAGUCCCCGGGCCUACGGGGGCAGCGCGACCAUCGUGAACAAACCCAAGUACGGCAGCGACGACGAGUGUUCCAGCGGCACGUCGGGCUCCGCCGACAGUAACGGGAACCAGUCCUUCGGGGCCAGCGGAGCCGGCGCGCUGGACAGCCAGGGCAAGCUCACUGUGAUCCUGGAGGAACUGAGGGAGAUCAAGGACACCCAGGCUCAGCUGGCUGAGGACAUUGAAGCGCUCAAAGUGCAGUUCAAGAGAGAAUACGGUUUUAUUUCCCAGACGCUGCAGGAGGAAAGAUACAGGUACGAGCGCCUGGAAGACCAGCUCCAUGACCUGACAGACCUGCAUCAGCACGAGACAGCCAACCUGAAGCAGGAGCUGGCCAGCAUCGAGGAGAAGGUGGCCUACCAGGCCUAUGAGCGCUCACGGGACAUCCAGGAAGCCUUGGAGUCCUGCCAGACGCGCAUCUCCAAGCUGGAGCUCCACCAGCAGGAGCAGCAGGCGCUGCAGACAGACACCGUGAACGCCAAGGUCCUCCUGGGGAAGUGCAUAAACGUGAUCCUGGCCUUCAUGACUGUCAUCCUCGUGUGCGUGUCUACCAUCGCCAAGUUUGUCUCGCCCAUGAUGAAGAGCCGUUUCCACAUCCUUGGCACCUUCUUUGCCGUGACUCUUCUCGCAAUAUUUUGUAAAAACUGGGACCAUAUCGUGUGUGCCAUAGAAAGGAUCAUAAUACCCAGAUGAAGCCACCGGUUCCCAUCUUCAAGUUCUUUCACGUUUCUGUGUUAAAGAAAACUCUGUGCAUACUACCAAAUUUUAAAACGAACAGUUGUGCUGACUAGAGCCAACCAGGCCUGGGCUGUGCGUUGUAAAUAUCUCCAGUCCUCCUCACGCCGUAGCAGCUGCCAGCUCAGCCCCUGUACUUGGUGAAUGUGAAUCUGUUGCACAGCUCGCCCCACGCUGCUCACUGCCUUAAUCAGACCAGAUUUCCUGCCCACCUGACUAGCCCGGCAUGGUAAACCUUGGGUUAUUGAGCGUUUGGCGUAAUUAAUGACCCACAGGAAAUGGGGUGUUAAGUCUCUGUCUCUCUUCCUUAAGUUUCUAUCAAAAUUGAGCUUCACAGUUGCUGGGGGUGGCGUUUUCCCUGAGUCCCGUAAGCAGCAAGGAUGUGGCAGGACUUGGGGAAGGGACGAAGUGCAGACGUUGGCUUGGUGAACACUGGUGUAAAUCCUCUGUAAUCCAUUCUGCGGGUCCCUGCAGGUCCCCUGCGUUCCCUUGUCCACAGUGGUCCAUCGUGCGUGACUCGCCAUCACGUGGAAAUCUUACAGCACACCUGUUUAUCCGUAGACGUCUAACAUAGAUGUUCUCUUGCACUUUAAAUGGUAAGACACGAAGAUCUGUGAGUGGGGCUUUCGCCUUCUUGCACCCAAGGAGCCGCACCCCCGAUUCUAUCUUAGGUAGCUCUCGAAUGCCACACCUUCAGGCACGUGGCAGUGCUUCCAAAUCCCACAUCAGACCGAGGUUGAACAUGAGUGCGGGCUCCCGGAAGCACCGCUCUGGAGGUUUGCAUCCCAGCAGCUCUUCACUGUGGUAACCCCCUGGGAGGACGCGUUCACUUUACCCGCCGGCCUGGGGAGGGAUGGGAAAGCUUUCUGCACACGUGAAAACAAGUGAUGCUCAUGUUGUGGGGCUGGCUGGUUGUUUUCCUUUAAGAAGGACAACAGAAUUGUAUUGUGUGAGGUGAAAGUGCGCUGAGGUAGGGCCUGGGAGCAGGAGGAAGCAGGGCAUGGGGUCUUGGGGUGGCAGUCAGCUCAGCGGAGGUUCACCUGGGUGAAGACGGAGAACGUCCUCCAAGGACCCAUCAGGCCAGCUGCAGUCCGAUAAAUCAGAUCCAGGGUCUGCACCAAGGCUGUCCGUCAUCUCUUAGGAUGUCACUGAAGUGCCCCGGGAAGGGAGUGGCCACGCUUCUUCCCCUGAGGUGAAAGCCUUCAAAAGUCAACAUCUUUCGCCUGUCUGGGCCAUGCUGCUCACUACUUUCAGCCCAAAUGAUACUUCCCUUUAAGUCUUUGUCUCUCAGAUGCUACUUCCCUUUAAAUCAUUUUCUCUCUGUAUCUAACGAAGACAAGAUAGAAGAUUUUAAUGGAAACUGCUGUUCAUUCCCUCCUCCCACCAUCCGUUCUGUUAUCUGAAGGCGUAAAGAUGUAUGUUAGUGUACAUUUUCUUCCAGAAAACAUCGAAUCGCCUGGAUUUAAAUUAAGUGCAAUAUUUUGCGAACAGCUGCUCUUAGGGAAACCUCCUGAAAAAAUGUGACAGUGUGCCAUGGUUUGAGAGAAUGGAAUAGUCGAGCAUUUGGUACAAGUCCAGUGUGUGUGAGACUCAGACAACUCAAGCUUUCUUCUUCUUCUUUUUUUAACUUUACAGUUCAGUGGUUUUAGUAAAUUCACAAACUUAUGCAACUGUGCCCACUAUCUAAUUCCAGACUCGAGCUUUUUAAAACCAUAAGCAUCAUUUCGUGACAUCUUUGGCUGUACAUAUUUUGGACGCAGGCAAGAAGGAGCUACCAGCCCCACCCCCCUCUCAUGGCUGUGUCCCCUUCCACUGUCAGACUCUCCCUUGUUCUGCCAAGUUGGCUGUAAAUACACUGUGAUCCAUCACAUCCAGAGGACAGAAAAGAGUUGCAGAUCCAGGGAAGAGAGAGAGAGAAAGAAUGGUGUGCUUCCUUUUGCUUCCAUAUUUUAAUGGCCAGCAUUCCCUUUUACCUGCGGGCAUCAGUCUGCAUUUGGCUGAGGGCUGGGUAUAACUUCCCUUGGAUCAAGUUGGAGCCUGGUGGGCGCCUCUCAUGUCUGUGAAUCUUUCUGAGGCACUUUGGGUAUGCCAGGGGUUGCCGUGGACGUAGCUGCUGCUGUUAGUUUAGAGAGAGUGAGCUGUCUAGCCCUUGAGGUUAAGAGCUGCAUCACAGGCCACCGUGCUCCACUCAGCGUUGGCUUCGACGCUUCCCAGACCUGCAGGGCACUGUGUCUCCUUCCCACUGAGAGAAGUAAGGAAGAAAAUGGAAAGCAGCACACUCCACCCCCUCCGGUCUGGAGCUGUUAACAGAAGCUGCUAGAAACUGGCUCUGUUCUGAAAUAUUCGAGGGUCUGAAUCAUCCCACCUGACCAUGACUUCUUUGCACAGAAUUUGUAUUUCCAGUGACUCUCUUUAGAUGUCAGAUAACCGUAUUUUCACUUGGAGAUGCUUAGCCUAUGUGGCAUAUUUAUUUUAGAGUCUUGUUGAAAGUUCAUGAAGCUUUUUAAUAAGCGGAUGUACUCCAAGGAGACCUUUACUCUGCAGUUUACUGUUCUCUUCUUAAGGAAGAAACCCUCCCAUUGUGUGUUUUCUUUCCUGCAUAAGGGUAUUAAAUAAAGUAUUAUAAAUUAUUCAGUUAAAAAUUGUGGUCCAGCUAGGACGUAUCCUGGAAUUAGUUAUUUACAUUUAAGCCAACUAAUCCUUUUUCCCCAUCUUUCAUUGGUAGGAAACAUCUCGUACGUACCUAAAGAUGAUGUCAUUCGUGAGAUGGGCAGGCACCUGCUCACUUAGCGAACUGGACGUUGCCUUUUAGCACAGGAUUUUUUUGUGACAUACUAUUUUCAUGAUCACCAAGAUAAUGAUAGUUUGCUGGCGACAAAACAAAAACCCCAAAAUACUCUUCUGUGGGCUUUAAAUUGAUUACUCCAGCUUACAUUUUGAGUGUGGUGAAGCCAGAACAAAGCACCUUACCCCCUCCCGCUCCCCUCCAAAUUCAAACUGCAGUGAAGCAGUAAAUAAAAGUACUCCACUGCUGGUUUUGUACGGAGAAUAGGAUCAGUCCCAGGUUUCUAGCAGGCACCAUUAGUGGUUUUGCUUCUGGGACCAUGAUGAACUAUUGAUAAACUGAGAUUUUCUGAAAUUCCUGCCCCUUCUCCCAUAAUGCAGUUAUCCCUUUCCGUUAAUUAGCAUCCAUGGGACCUCAGCCCUUCUGCUUUUCACUCCUGUUUUCAUUGAAAUGUUGCCCUGCUAGCUAUGUUGAUUGCCCUGCCAUUUCUCCAGCGUAUCAGGUUUAAUUAUGGGAUCGAUAACAGUGACGGGAAUUGGAUUCCCUCAGGCACCUAAUUAUUUUUGUCCUUUUGGGUUGGAUUUUAAAUACCAAAUUGUUUUGCAUCAAAGAGGAACAUCUUUGUGUUGAAUCUAAGUAUAGUUGUAUCAGUUUGGAAAAGGAUUUCAGUAUGCUUAUUAAUAUGAACACGUGUGAUCAAACAACCUAUUUUGCAUAUUUCUGUAAUUUCGAGGAGUGAGCCAGGGGAUAGAGUGAAAUGGCAUUAUUUAAAAUACAGAGCUUUAUCUGGAGAGAGGUGUUUCAAAAAGUUUAGUCCAUAUGCUAAGGAAGGAGUUGGUCUAAAGAGAUAAAUCACUGAAAAGAGCGAUAUUGGCCUAUUUACAUCAAAAGUAGUUAAGAAGCUAAAAGGUACAGUUAACACGAGUUUGGUAAUCCAGAAGCUAUAAAGCAAAACUAACCUAUAAUUUUCUAAAGUCAGUGCAAUUCUCUGUUUAUAAGAAGUUGGAAAGUAAUGUACCUUGAUUGUCUUAGGAAUAAUUUAUGUGUUGCAGUUUUAAUUUAUUUAAAACGUGUCUCCUGUCUUGUCCUAAGAGAAAUGUUUCAACAAAACGUGCUCUGUGUUUAAGACAUGUUUAGGCAAUAGUUAGCAGUUCUGAAAAUGGAAACUAGAAAUGUUUAUUGUGAGGUCUUUUGCAGAUUUUCCAUUUUGUAAGAUACUAUGUAGUUCCAUGUCAGCCUACAGUUGUAAAUUCUCCGUAGAUUGUCACCCUCUUCAAAGCAGGUGCCAUUAUUUUUUUAAAUAAACAUUUGAUGUUAGCUUUGAUGUUAAAUAAAGAGUUAGAUUUCUUAAA